AUGACUCAUGAGGAGCGUUACGAUGUCGAGGGGAAGAGAGUGAUUGAGGGACCUUUCCCUGAUGAGGAGGAGAAGCCCUUUGAUGCAAAGGACUUGGAACCCUUUGGCAAUGAGGAGAAUGCUGAGGUUCAGUAUCGGACUAUGAAGUGGUGGCACUGUGGCAUGCUCAUGAUUGCUGAGAAUGUCUCUGUGGGUAUUCUUUCGCUGCCUUCUGCUGUGGCCACGCUCGGAAUGGGCCCUGCUGCUGUCAUGAUUGUCUUCAUCUCUGCUCUGUCUUGGUACACAGGUUAUGAGAUUGGACAGUUCAAGCUUCGUCACCCUCACAUUCACAGUAUGGGUGAUGCCGGCGAGCUCUUGAUGGGCCGCUUUGGACGUGAAUUGCUCGGAAUCGGCCAGCUGCUGCUGCUGAUUUUCCUCAUGGCGAGCAACAUUCUCACUUUUAAUAUCUUGAUGAACGUGCUCACCAACCACGGCACUUGCACCCUGGUCUUUGGUGUCGUCGGUCUGAUCAUCUGUUUCCUUGGCGCCUUGCCCCGUACCAUGGACAAGGUCUAUAUGAUGUCCGUUGUUUCUUUUGCGAGUGUCUUUAUUGCCGUCAUGGUGACCAUGAUCGCCGCCGGUGUUGAGAGCAAGGGUCAUAUUCCGAUCCAAUCCACUACUGAUGUUGGAUUCAAGGAGGGCUUCUUGGCCGUGACCAACAUUAUUUUCGCCUACCUUGCCCACGUUGCAUACUUCGGUUUCAUGUCUGAGACCGAGGAUCCGCGCACUUUCUACAAGUCUCUUGCCAUGCUUCAGAUUAUCGACACUGUUCUUUACCUGAUCAGUGCUCUCAUCAUCUAUCGCUAUGUCGGUCCCAACGUUCAGUCGCCUGCUAUUUUGUCCCUGAGUCCCGUGAUGAGCAAGAUUGCUUGGGGUCUUGCUAUCCCUACUGUCAUCCUCUCCGGUGUCGUCUUGGGCCACGUCGCCUGCAAGUACAUCUAUGUGCGCAUGUUCCGUGGUUCCGACAAGAUGCACAGCCGUAGCUUCCUCUCCGUUGGAACCUGGGUUGCUAUCUGCAUCGGCGUUUGGGUUGUCUCUUGGGUUGUCGCGGAAUCGAUUCCCGUGUUCAACGACCUGUUGAGUCUUAUCAGUGCUCUUUUCGGAAGUUGGUUCAGCUUCGGUCUCCCUGCUGUUUUCUGGUUCCACAUGAACAAGGGCCAGUACUUCAAGAACUGGAAGAAGACAUGCCUGACUAUCAUCAAUGUCGGCGUCUUCGGUUGUGCCUUGGCUAUUUGUGGCCUGGGUCUUUGGGUGUCUGGCGUCACGAUUCACAACGAUUCAAGCUCCCAGAGCUGGUCUUGUGCUAACGACGUGUAA